AUGGCUAGCGGUGCAGCAGAGGCUAAAACGAAUUGUAUUGCAAAAGCGGGUCUCAUCACUGGCGGGUUCUAUCCACUGAAGUCGAAAAAGGUUUAUAAUGCGGUAUUGAAGGAUCGUGUACUCGAAAUCUACAAAUCCACGAAUCAUGAGAAAAGCGGUAAAGAGCCAAAGUUUUUGUUCGACUUAUCGAUAGCGUUCGAUAUACAUUUGCAUUACGAAUGCACACUGAAAGAAUGCAUCUCAGUGAUGCUGCCCGACGAGACAUUCUUCUUGAAGCCGUUAUCAGACGCCGACGAUUUAGAGGAUUGGUUCUCACAGUUGAUCGAUAAAACGCGUCAAGCGCGUGCCACCCGCUUAGGAAGGCCAGUUUUCAGAGAAGAAUACUUUGAGAUUGCUUGGGAUGUGGAGAUGGUUAAAUUACCGAAAUUACGGAAGAAAUCGAAAGGAGUCGAUAACAUGGAAGAUGUUGUGUCAAAAUAUAGUGAGCAGUUAUUGGGCAAGAGG